CUGGAGUACAAUAUGGGACGCAUACCCAUCGGUGGCUCAGACUUUUCCACCCGUGCCUAUAGUUUAGAUGAUAGCACACCCGAUGACGUGCCGCUCAGUAAAUUCAAUCUCACGUCAGAGGACAUGGAGCUUAAGAUCCCAAUUAUCCUAAAAGCAAAAGCCAUGGCCACCAGUGAUCUGAAACUGUUUGGCUCACCAUGGUCGGCGCCUGCUUGGAUGAAAAACAACCACCAACUAAUUGGCGGUGGUGAUUUGGAAGCCAAGUAUCUUGAUUGUUACGCCAAGUACUUUGUUAAGUACCUUGAUGCGUACAAAGCCCAUGGUUUGAACCACUGGGGCAUAACUGUGCAAAACGAACCCAUGGCUGGCCAGGCGUGGAACUCAAUGCACUUCUCGCCCGAGUCUAUGGCCGAGUUUGUGGGCAAACAUUUGGGCCCGGAGUUGGCCCGCAGUGGUUACGGUGUGGACAAAUUGCAAGUAAUGCAACUUGAUCAUAACGUGGGCAUUGUCAAGGAGUGGGUGGACAAGUACUUUGCCGACCCCGUGGCCUCCAAGUACACACAGGGAACCGCCAUUCACUGGUACGGACACGACCCGAAGGAACAGUUGGACGCACCCCAUAACCAACACCCGGACAAAUGG